AUGGGCAACUUUACUUCAACCGAAGUGAGCACCCGUCCGAGCUUUGAUUCUUUGCCGCUCCACGUCGGGGAUCCGAAGGCAUCGGCGUGGGGAUUAUGGGGCGAUGAAGAUGAACUUGGGUCUCUCAAUCUUUUGAACCCAGCUUUGGUCAAGAAUGCCACGAGUGAGGUGGUCAUAGGCGAGACGAUACCGUUGAAUCUUCCAUUGGAUGCUUUCAUACAGCCAAUGAAUCCGGUUCGCAAGCCAUGCGAGCACCGAAUUAUCCCUAAAGGCAACGCCAAUGACGAUGAGAUCUCUAUCAAUACACAAGGAGCAACCCAUUGGGAUGGGCCGCGACAUUAUCCUUACCAGGAGCAUAUUCAGUAUUACAACGGGGUGACUCAGGAUGUUAUCUCGGGGCCUGAUAACAACACCAAACUCGGGAUUCAAAAUAUGGCGAGGAAGUCCAUCAUAGGCCGUGGUGUUCUACUUGACUGGUACUCCUGGGCAACCGAGAAGAACAUCACGUUUGACCCCUUUUCAACCUUUGGCAUUCCCCUGUCUCAACUCCAAGCCGUAGCAAACGCCCAAAAAACCGAGUUCCAACAGGGCGACAUUCUCCUCGUCCGAACAGGCUGGCUGCCGGCCUACCGCGCGCUCACCACAGAAGAGCAGCUAGCGUUGCCGCAGCGGGAAGUCCGAGCAAGUUGUGGCGUCGAAGCGAGCGAAGAGGCGAUUCGCUGGCACUGGGAUCACGCAUUUGCUGCGGUAGCCUCGGAUACUGUAGCCUACGAGGCCUGGCCGAGCCCAAAACCAUGGGGCGUCAGCAUGCAUGAGGUUUUCUUGAGUGGUUGGGGCAUGCCAAUUGGAGAGAGCUUCGACUUGGAGAGGCUCGCUGUUAGGUGUAGAGAACUACAGAGAUGGUCGUUCAUGAUGGUUAGUGUACCUUUAGAUAUUCCUGGCGGUAUCGCUAGUCCGCCCUCGGCAGUGGCUAUUUUGUAG